GCGCAGAGAGCACACCCCGAGAAUGAAACCUGCUUUCCCAGCCGUGACGUCAGAGUCCUUCGACGUAGGCGAGGAGGAAACAAAACGGUCCCUCGGAGCCUCGGUCGGACGCUUCUUCGAGACCGACUCCUGCGUCCCGCCAUGUCCGCCGCGGCAGAGAAAGCGUUCGGGUGAGUGCGUCGCGGUGUCCGCGUGUGUCACUGCGGAGCGUCUGAACUCCUUUAGAUGCGGCAUCGUUUUCAUCAGCUACGACGAGUGUCGCAAGACCGCCGACUGGCUGCUGUCCAAGACGCGGGCGCGUCCCAAGGUGGGGAUCGUGUGCGGUUCGGGGUUGGGGGGCCUCGCCGAGGUGCUGGAGGGCCGCGAGGUCUUCAAGUACAGCGACAUUCCCAACUUCCCCCAGAGCACAGUGCCCGGUCAUGCUGGCCAGCUGGUGUUUGGAACCCUUAAGGGGAAGCCCUGUGUUUGCAUGCAGGGCCGGUUCCACCUGUACGAGGGAUACUCCGUCCAGAAGGUCACGAUGCCCAUGCGCGUCUUCAAGCUGCUGGGCGUGGAGACGGUCAUCCUCACCAACGCAGCCGGGGGCCUCAACCGGGACUACAAAGUGGGCGACGUGAUGAUCCUGAAGGACCACAUCAACCUGCCGGGCUUCACCGGGGUCAACCCGCUGUUCGGACCCAACGAUGACAGGUUUGGCACACGCUUCCCCAGCGUGUCCGACGCCUACGACCGCGAGCUGCAGCAGGUGGCGCGCGACGCGGCGUCCAAGCUGGGCUACGCCGACUUCCUGCGCCAGGGGGUGUACUGCGUGGUGGGGGGUCCCUCCUUCGAAACCAUCGCCGAGUGUCGCUUGCUGCUCAAGCUGGGGGCCGACGCCGUGGGGAUGAGCACCGUGCACGAGGUGAUCGUGGCCCGCCACGCCGGCAUGCGCUGCCUCGCGCUGUCGCUGAUCACCAACAUCUCGGUGAUGGACUACGACAGCCGGGAGAAGGCCAACCACGAGGAGGUGCUGGAGACGGGCCGCCAGCGGGCGGAGCACAUGGAGAAGCUGGUGUCCACCAUCGUGUCCCAGCUGGUGCAGAACUAAAGCAACAUCUGAACCCUCCCUCUCCCUCCUCUUCCUACCCCC